ACAGUUCAUUUCCCGACUAUUCAAAAGGGAGUUGUUGCCUCGAAAGCUCCUUGCAUAUAACUCCGCUAGCAAGUACAUGGUGCAUGCGUCUUUGCCAGCAUUCUUACCCCCCCGCCAGCUAUGUGGAAGCCGCACCUUAACUUUAUCACGCUGCACUAUGCGUAUAUCAUCUUCCUCAGUAUUCUGGCCUUGAUUGUAGUCUAUCCUCAGGGCAAUUUGAGCGCGGUCGAUGCGUACUUCUUUGGAGCCAGCGCUUCAACCGAGUCCGGACUCAAUACCGUCGACGUCAAGGAGCUGAGAACCUAUCAACAAGUAUAUCUGUACUUAAUACCUAUUCUGGGUAACCUCGGAUUUAUCAAUAUCCUGGUUGUUGUCGUGCGAUUGCGUUGGUUCCAAAAGCGUUUUGAGGCUGUCGCACCAAAGAUCCUGGGACCGAAGGCGCAAGAUGUAGUCAAUGAUCCUGACCUAGAAGAGAAAAUUGUCGGUGACCGACAAGAUAUGGUCAAGAGCCACCAGUCGGAACAACCCAUUGAUUCAGAUAAGCUGGGUAGCAGAUGGCCUGUGUCGCCCUCGCAGCAUCGCAUCCAAGUCGUCGAUACUAACAGAUCACCAGAAAUUGUACAGGAGGACCCACAAGCCAAUGGGGCCGCUGUCAAACCGCUACGUGCGACUACCAUAUCUUUUGCGGAGGAUGUAGACACAGAUAGUAAAGCGCUAUACAUCCCUCCUCCCCGAGAGAGAGAUAGAGGGUACCCUAUCCUGGAAGUCGACGACAGUGACUCAGGUGAUUUAGAUCUCGAUAGAGCCAAAUCUACCACAGCAGAUUCCAUGACCUUGGGCUCCUCUCGCCGAUACUUGAAGCACAGACUAUCUUCGACCACUAUCCCGUUGGAACGCAUUGCUUCCAGGAUGUUCACGAUGGAUCCGACUCCGAGUCACUCUCAACUGGCUGAGACUUUACCGCGGAUGCCGCUCUCGAAAGAUUUAGACCUUCCUAGUCUCUCUUCCAAGGCGACUGUGGGUCGGAACUCGCAAUUCCACAACUUGACUGAAAGGGACAGAGAGCUAUUGGGGGGAAUUGAGUACCGUAGCUUGAAGCUGCUGCUUAAGAUUGUCACAGCGUAUUUUCUCGGUCUCCAUCUAUUCGGUGCCAUUUGCCUCGUGGGCUGGAUCCAGCACGCCGAUCCCAAAUACCGGCAAUAUCUCGAAGAGUGUGGACAGGGUAAUGUGUGGUGGGGAUUCUAUUCGGCGCAGACUAUGGUAAACAAUCUUGGGUUUACUCUCACUCCCGACUCGAUGAUAUCUUUUCGUGAGGCCACGUUUCCAAUGAUACUCAUGAGCUUCCUUGCUUACGCCGGGAAUACAUGUUAUCCCUGUAUGCUGCGCCUUGUGAUUUGGGUGAUGCUCAAGCUGUGCCCAAAACAAUGGUCAGUGAAUGAGCCGCUUACUUUUCUACUGAAGCAUCCCCGUCGAUGCUACACGCUUCUAUUUCCGAGUCGGCCCACCUGGGCUCUGUUCGGUAUCUUGUUCGCUAUGAACUUUGUGGAUAUUCUCUUGAUACUGGUGCUCGACCUCAAUAACCCCGAAGUUAACAGUCUUGCAGCUGGUCCGCGAAUACUAGCCGCAAUAUUCCAAGCGGCUUCUUCACGGCAUACAGGGACAGCGACCUUUAACUUGGCGGAUGUGAAUCCAGCAGUCCAGUUCAGCUUGGUAGUCAUGAUGUAUGUCGCAGUCUUUCCCAUCGCAAUAAGCGUCCGGGCGUCGAACACAUAUGAAGAAAGCUCCUUAGGAUUGUAUCCGUUCGAGGCCGAGAUUGAUGAGAGGAAUGGCGGCUCCUACAUUAUGACUCAUAUCCGCAACCAACUCACGUUCGAUCUAUGGUAUAUCUUUUUGGGGAUAUUCUGUAUUUGUAUCGCCGAGGCUGAUAAGAUCGCGGAUACAUCAAUUCCAGCCUUUGCUGUUUUCCCAGUCCUUUUCGAAGUAGUAUCGGCCUAUGGCAACGUGGGUCUCAGUCUAGGGUAUCCAACAGUCAGCACGUCACUGAGCGGAGAGUUUACGACAUUUAGCAAACUUGUGAUCUGUGCGAUGAUGAUACGCGGCCGUCAUCGAAUGCUACCCUACAAACUCGAUCGUGCUAUACUACUUCCAAAUGAGCGACUCUCGAAAGAUGAUGAAGACGAGAUAUAUCAUUGGCCAGAAGCUGCUAGAGCUGUGAAACUUACUCGGUAUCAUACCAGCUAGGGAUUGUUGGGGUUAUAUUUACACUGGCUUUGUGCAUGGAGCGCCUCCUCCCAAUGCGCGCGGAAAAAGGCAUGGUGUG